AUGGCGGGUACCCAUUGUGCCGGCUACGGUAGGCGGGAUGCCGCCACGACCCCGUCGGGCCGAGACGUGGAUGCGUAUUCCUCCUCCGGCUACGCUCAGCGGGGUGACGACGUUGCUAAAGCCUCUUCCUUGUCAGUGAGUCGCGCGGGCCAGGGAUCGCUGAGUUCGAGGCGCUCUCGCCAGCCGCUCAACCGCAGCUCGCAUAACCCGUACGUAAUCCUCGGCAACAGCGACGUCAGUCGCCCAGAGCUGGAGGCAUCUGUCAUGGAGAGCUCCUCGAGAGCCGUGCGUCGGCGCCGCAGCAGCUACAGCUACAGUAACAACACAUCGCAGAAUGCGCUCAUGUUUGAGUUCAACUCUACCUCUACCUCCACCUCCACUCCGACCCCCGCCGACUUCGGUUCGAGCAACCUCGCUGACAGCGGGACGAUUCGCCGGCACCCGAGUCAGCAGCUGCAACAACAGCCGCCAGUCGAGGCGCCGUCGACGCGGUUUUGGCGCGAUGGCAACCGAAUGACAUUGUCUACGACCGAUGUUCGUCCCAUCUCCGUCACGACAGUGGGCACCCUCACCUGUAGUGACAAGGAGCAGAACUUGAACGUCAAUGUGAAGCAGCGCGUACGGCCUGGCGCCAACUCCGCCACCUGCUCCCUCAAUACCUCAAGUAUGACGACGCCGGUGGUCCAGUCCGUGUCACCUGCGCCAACUAGCACUUCGGCGAUGGCGCGCAACGUCUCCAGCCUCGCUGAGGCAACCCUACCUGUGUCUCUUGGUGCCACCUCCAACGCGUCCCGCUUCAUCACGAGCGGCGGCUCGGCCUCGGAGGACCCCAGUUCGUGUGGACCUUCAUCGCAGCACCUCGAUCGCCGCUACGUUGAUGUGCCAACGAGCACCCCUAGCACGGCAGAUGGCAUCGAGCUGGCAGGUCAGCGGAGGAACGAGCCUGAAGUGAGCCCCUAUGCCCCGUGCCAUUACCCUUCAAAGUCCCUGUACUAUCAGCAUCCACAGCAGCAGCAGCAGCAGCAGCAACAGCAGCAACACCCGCAGCCCCAGCCGUACGGCUACGGCGUACAGGCCCGACCUUACCCACUGCAGCAGCAGCACCAGCACCAGCAGGCUUACGUUUAUGGUGGCUACCCGAGCCAUAACUACCCCGCUAUGCCUCCUCAGCCGGGCUACUACGCGCAGAUGACCACACCACCAAAGCAGCAGCAGUACUACGCUCCUCCGGCGCCGAACAGCAACAUGACCAUGCUCGGAAACACGAAUGACGGGGCUCCCAGCCAAACUUACGCAGAAGUAGCGUACGCAUCAAUACCACAGCCUGCACAGGCCCCGUACAUGGGCAGUCCCGGGACAAUAAUGGGCCCGUAUAGUUAUCUGCCGAUGCCUCCCAUGGCGCACUACGCUGGCGUGACCCUUGGUAGCUUCUCGGACGUGCAGAGCGCUACGCAAAGGCAAAGUUCCGGGAAUGCUACGGCUCAGGUUCAGCACACCCAGGCGCUGGCGGUGGUAGCCACCGAUCCCACUCCAGCUGCCACUGCCUGUACCCUUGGCAAACCCACGAAGGCCAAAGCGCAGCACGCAGACCCCCCACAGCUGCAUCAUCAGAGCGCCAAGAAGGUCGCCGCCCCAGCCUCCGUCUCAAGCUUGGCGUCGACACUCGACACGGGCUCGAAGGCAGGCACGCAGUCCGCGUCGACCGUGGCUCGAACGUCGGCAGCGCCAAGACCAACCAGCUCGUCCUCGAAGAAGCUCCCCAAGAAGCAAAACGAUGCGCGCUUUCACGUGAACCGCGACGCACCAGUUCGCUUGUUUGUGGUCGUGAAGCGCAAGAGAGAAGGUCAGCGGUACGCCUGCGCCCUCCCUCCUGAGGAAGUCCCGCUGGGCAGCCACAUGCUUGUGGAGGGAGACCGCGGUGCCGACAUUGGCGAGGUGAUCCGCCACGUGUCGAUUGAGCAAAUGGCUCGCGACUGCGCCAUCGUGGAGCGGCUGCGACAGCGGGCGAUGGAGCGAAUGCUAGGGUCCAAGGAAGGCAUCGUCGGCAACGCGCAUGACGACGCUGCCAACGCCGACCUCAACGAGGCCGAUUUGCCGCAUCUGACGGGAGAGGCUGCUCUGGAGUACGUCAUGUCACUCAAGACGUGGCCGUGGCUGAUUGGACCAACCACGGCGGAGGACAUGGCGAGUCUGGGGCCGCAGCUCGAGGCCGAGAAGCAAGCCUACGCCACCGCUAAGCCGAUCGUGCAACAGUUCAUCGAAAACCGCUACCUGCAGCGCGUCGCACGCAACGAGGCAGCACUGGCGGCAGCGGCCGCUACUGCCGAGGCGUCUAAAGCGGCCGACACAUUGGCUGCUGCGGCUGAGGAGUCGGGAGAGUACAGCGCCGAUCACACCUCCACAGACGACGGCGAGCGGCGUCGCAACCUGACACCUCUGUCUGGGGAAGAGCUGAAGAUGCUCGAGCUGAGCCGCGAGGUCACGCUGCUCGACUGCGAGUAUCAAUUCACACGCGAGAAGAUCACAUUGUACGUCAGCCGCCCAUCUCGCAACAUUUUCGUAGACUUUCGCAGUAUGCAGCGCAAGCUCUUCCGCACCUUCCGCUGUCGAAUCUGGAUCGCCUACAUGGACGAGGUGACGCACGAUAAGGACGCACCGGAGUCGUUUGUCUUUGUGCCCUCUCCGUCCACGCCUGCCGCUGCCACCGCGCCGACGCGCGGCGACGCCAAGGGAGCAAAGGAUGUGGCGUGA